CCGGAACUGGACGCGGAUGUGAGUGUGAACUCCAUGUAUGUGAUGCACAAAUGAAGAUGCCAGAUGCACAGUCGCGCCGGUUAUGUUUGCUGCUUUUUCCCUUUCUUUUCCGGGCCGGGGCUGCGGCGGAGGUGUCCGUAUGGAAGGUGUUCAUCAACUCGACACAAGAUGCAGUGUUUCGGAAGACGCUGUACGCCAACACUACUAUUUACAUGAAAUUCCAGGCUGAUAGCGGUCCAUGUGACCGGAACCUGGCCUUCAACAUCAGCUGGUACCUGAGGUCGUCUGUUUGUUAUAAUGAGGUUUUCAACACACCGGACAACAAAGCCAUGAACAUGUUCGGGUUGGACCACAUGUUGAGGGACGGAUGGAGCGGCUUCUACAGCCAAGGAUACAUGUACUUCGACAACUGCUCCUCACUGUUCCUACCGAAGGGGUAUUAUUCAGAUUUCAACCCUUAUCAGCCCCUCACCAGCCCCGGGAGUGAGCCAACAAACCAGACGUUUACUUGGCCUGAUAAACCGGACAUGAGUGCGGUGGCCAAAGCGUGGGAGGACAGCCCAUAUCUGUUCAUCGUCAAAGUUCAGCCCAUGUUCCGCGGAGUGGAAGAUGAUGAAAUCGGCGCCGAACAACUCAACUUUGCUUUCACGAUGAAAGUGGAGAUGAUGGGACCACAUGACUACUCCUCUCCUGCUGAUUGGCCCCUGAUGAUGUUCUUCAUGGUCAUGUGCAUCGUCUACGUCCUGUUCGGGGCCCUCUGGCUCUUCUGGUGCGCCUGUUACUGGAGGGACCUGCUCCGGAUCCAGUUCUGGAUUGGAGCUGUCAUCAUCCUGGGGAUGUUGGAGAAAGCCGUGUUCUACUCCGAGUACCAGAGCAUCCGUUACAAAGGAGACUACGUUCAAGGUGCUGUGAUCUUUGCGGAGCUGCUCUCUGCUCUCAAACGGUCUCUGGCUCGCAUCCUGGUGCUUAUCGUCAGCCUCGGUUAUGGAAUAGUCAAGCCCAGACUGGGAACCACAGUUCAUCGACUGGUCGCUGUCGGCCUUCUCUACCUGCUCUUUUCUUCUGUUGAAGGUGUCCUGAGAGUAACAGGGGGUUUUUACGGGACCGUCGCCCUCGUGGCUAAUCUCAGCCUCUCCCUCAUCGACUCCUGCGUCAUGUGGUGGAUUUUCAUCAGUCUGUCUCAAACCACUCGCCUCCUGAAGCUGCGCCGAAAUGUGGUGAAACUGUCUCUGUAUCAGCAUUUCACCAACACACUCAUCUUCUCUGUGGUCGCCUCCAUCAUCUUCAUCAUCUGGACCACCAAAGUCUUCAAGCUGGUCGACUGUCAGACGGGUUGGAGGGACCUGUGGGUGGACGAUGCCUUCUGGCGUCUGCUGUUCUCCACCAUUCUGCUGGUCAUCAUGGUGCUGCUGCGGCCGUCGGCCAACAGCCAGAGGUUCUCCCAUUCCCCUCUGAUUGAUGAAGAUGAUGAAGAGGAAGAGGCCAAGGAGCCCAUGUUGAAUGAAGCUUUCGAGGGAAUGAAGAUGAGAGGCUCCAAACCUGACAUUAAUGGUUCCCAGAAACUGUUGAGUAAAGAGGAUGAAGACCUGAAGUGGGUCGAGGAGAACAUUCCUACAACUGUUGCAGAUGUAGCUCUCCCUGUAAUCCUCGAUGAAGAAGAGGAAAUCCUCAAAACCAAGAUGGAGAGAUCAAAAAUGGAGUGAACGGCCACGCGAGAGGAUGACGAGAGAAUGAAAAGAAAGCGACGUCACCAAGGCGACAACUACUGCGCCGAAGUGAUCGAUUACCAAAAAAAACACGGGCAAAGCCAGCUGUUCUCUCCACACACUUUAAAAAAAACGUUUUGGGUUCAUUUCACUGGUAUUUAUUGUUGUAACAUGAAGCAGUUCAGAGGAGAUGUAAACGUGUACUGUCCAACACUGACGGGUCUUUAUGGAAGUGAAGAAACACACCAGAGUGACUUGAAUAUUUAAUUUAAUUUAAACACAUACAGACCCGUCCUUACUUUAAGGAAAAAAAAGGGACAUUUGGAAACAGAAAUCCCCUUUUUACAGUAGAAUAUUAAUUAUAAUACUACAAUAUAAUAUUUGGGAAAAGUAUGCUCAUCCAAACAGUGGCGGCUGGUGUUCAAGAAAACUGAAUAUGAAGCGAAGAGAAGCAGUUAUAAAUGUACGUACAGAUGCAGAUAUUUAAGGCAUCAGUCAGAUUAUGCUGUCUGAUUGAACAUCUGCUUCUGUUUUACUGGUUUAUGCAACAAAAUAUUGACAUUUAAUGAGAACUGACUGGUGUAGCUGCCCUUUAACCCCUCACAUUUGCCAAAAACAUGACAUACUCUCUUGUAUGUCUGCCAAAAGGCAUCAAACUGCAUUAAAACAUAGUCAUAGGAUCGUAGAGGAGACUGAAUAUAGGGUUAAAUCAAUGUUAAUUAUGUAAAUGAUGACUAAAGUGCACAAGACAAGACCAUUUUUUUGUUUAUUUCAGAUAUUUUUCUGUAAUUUCUAAAGGUAGCUCUUCUUCUGUGAGUAAUUUAAAGUGGGGGUGUUACUCCAGCGCCCCCUGGUGACCAGCCGCCACUGCACCGACUGAAAUACCAAAGUGAAACCAGAGGUACUACGACGGAAUAGGUUAGAUUAGAACGGAAAUGAGGGAAAAACUAGUUAUUGUGAAGGAGAACUUUAUUAGAUGAGCAGCAGAAAUGAAAACACAUCGGUUAAAUACAGUAGAAUAUAAGUCAAACACUAAAAUGCACUAUGUCGAAGUGCGAACACAACGGAAAUCUUUACGUUUUUCUGUUUAGGUUAAUUUUUAUGACAAGGUUACGUUAAAUUCACACAGAAUCACACUACAAUUAAAAGUCAUGUU